CGCAGACGACGUCGGCUAUUACGACGAGGACGGCCGCCUGUACCUGGUGGACCGGGCCAAGUUCACGCUAGACUGCUAUGGCAAAAAAAGUGAGUCCCUGCGAACUCGAAGACUGCCUUAUGGAGCACCCGGACGUGGCCGAAGCGGCCGUGCUAGGAGUGUCCCACUCCCGUGCCGGCGUGGUGCCUGCCGCUAUCGUCGUGCUGAAACCGCGCUGCAAGAGCCGUGGCGAGGAGCUGGCCGAACAAAUCAAGGCCCACGUAGCAGCUCGUCUGUCACCGUGGAAGCACCUAUACGGUGGAGUCUACUUCGCCGACGCCAUUCCUAGAACUGAGACGGGAAAGUUACAGCGGCGCGACCUGCCCGCACUGCUUCUUUCGCUCCCGCGGAUCGACCGGCCUGGCGCGACGCCGUGAAUCCCAACUGCGCCCUCCAGGUGCUGCGCUUGCAAAAGGUUGCGAACGGCACGUGCGUACAAGCAGCCACGCGCGGUCGGAAAUGUGAGACCACGACAUAGGAAGCAAAAUCAGCGUCAGCUUUAUUUCAACGUGUCUAGAUUUCACCCAAGAAAAGAAGCGGCAAUAUUGUGGGUAUAGGUUCCCCUCCUCCUCCGACCUGGCUUGAACAAUGUCGGAGCGGAAGCGAAACGCUGACGCAAAAAAAUUCACGGCACACCGCAAAAAAAAUAUGAGCAACAUACAACAAAGUUUAAUUGAAAUAGCUGGAGGCUUUAACCGUAAAGGAGGUAACACACUUGCAGGCAAGUUAAAUGAACGAGGGAAUAAAAGAAAAGAGUUAUACUUUCAUCACCGAAUUAACGU